AAGAGGCACUGACCGUUUCUGAUAACUUUGGUAGUUAAAAGGACCAUAAUUCUUCACUGCCUUAUUUAGUCUUGGUCUUUUGUCAUCUACCAAAUCAUCCACUGGACUAAUUUCUUCUUGAGUUGCUAGCUUAAUAAGAAUGGCCACAGAUACCUUCAUUUUUUCUGUGUUUGUAGUGACUCUGUGCACUGGACUCUUGAAUAUUCCAUUACUGAUUAUCUGCAAGCCCCUCAAAUUUUAAUAAUGGCUUAUGCAGUUAUGCCCCAAUUAGAAAGACUAUACCUUAUUUUCUUGUUACUAAGUGAAUUUCCUUCGAGUAUUCCUAGAAGAUCAUAGAAGGCUAGCUUCGUCUUUGGUGAGUAAAGCCACAUGAUUUUAGGUAUAUGUAACUUCAAACACUGAAUGGUGAUGAACCACCCCUGAAUAUAAUGCUAAAGAGACCAGACUUGGAGUCAAGCAAAUGGGGAAGAUCCAUUUUAGAAACAAGUUUAUCAACCUAGCUAGAGAGGCGGCAAAGUUGUUGAGACCAGUAACAAGCUAUGGUGAAUGUGAUGACUAUAAUAUCCCAAAAGACUUCUGCAAAAGAUAACAACAAGCAAUAAGACAACUGUGGCCAGCUUAAUUUGCUGGUUCUAGUUGUCCUACUACUGCUCUAUAUUGAUUAUAGUCUUAGAAAUUUAAUAACAUUCCAAGUUAGCUUUAAUUUUUUAUCGUUCCCAUUUGAAUAUCUGUAUAUUAUUUUUGAUUCAAAAUCAACCCUACUGGAAUAUCACUGACAAACAUACUCUAUUUCGGGCUGAUAAUGACUCGGUGAAGUUGUCCAUGAGUGUCGAAGAAAUGUCCAUCAAUGGUGAUGAACCACUCCCUGAGUAUAUUGUUGAACAAGGCAUCUUUGGAGCUAUAGAUUCUUCCCCAUCACUAGGUCAGAUCCCCAUCUUUGAUAUCAAUUUCUUCUCCUCAACAUCACUCAAUUCUAAGCAAGCGAAGAACGAACUUGAGAAACUUAGAUCAGCACUAAGCUCAUCAGGCUGCUUCCAGGCAGUUGGUCAUGGGAUUUCAAGUUCCUUUCUUGACAAGGUACGCGAAGCUGGAACACAGUUCUUUGCCCUUCCAGUGGACGAGAAGCAAAAGUACUUAGAGGCAGCUCAUGUCGCCGGGAAUGAUGUCAAAGUCACAGAGAAGCAAGUUCUUGACUGGUGCUACCGUCUAACUCUUCGAGUAUUCCCAGAAGAUAAAAGAAGCCUUAAUCUUUGGCCAGAAAGUCCAAACAACUUUAGAGAGGUGAUAGAUGAAUAUGCAACAAAGAUAAAGUUAAUGAUGGGUGUUCUCUUUAAGGCCAUGGCAAAAUCUUUGAAUUUGGAAGAGAACAGCUUUGCACACCAGCUGUUUGGAGAGCAAGCUCUGAUGACAGCAAGAUUCAACUUCUAUCCGCGGUGUUCAAGAGCCGAUCAGGUGUUUGGUGUGAAGGCACAUACAGAUGGGUCAGGAUUGACAGUUUUGUUGCAAGACAAAGAAGUACAAGGUCUUCAAGUUUUGGUAGAUGGCAAAUGGGCUAGAGUCCCCAUUGUGCCUCAUGCACUAGUUGUUAAUCUCGGGGAUCAGAUGCAGAUUAUGAGUAAUGGAAUAUUCAAGAGUGCAAUGCACAGGGUGGUGACAAAUACAGAAAAGUUGAGACUAUCUGUAGCCAUGUUUAACUUACCAGCUCCUGAAACUGAGAUUGGUCCAUUGGUGAGCUUGAUACAUCAUGAAACAAGGCCAAGGUUGUACAAAAAUGUCAAGAACUACGGUCGCAUCAACUACAAAUGCUACCAGAGAGGAGAAAUAGCACUUGAAACAGUAAAGAUGUAAUCUUUCCUUCUUUGUAUAAUUAUCUUUCUAGCAGUUAAAUAGUGAUCUCUAUCACAGUCUUAUGAA